AUGGCCUACCCUUUUUCAGAAGAAGAAAAGAGGUUGAUCCUCGCAGAAGUCAUCAAGACCAGCAACUUAGACCUGGGCCAUCUGGUUGACUUUCUGAAACUACACAAAACCGAGCCGAACUGGCUCAAAAUGCAGCUGCCUCCUGGCCGUACGAUGGAGCAGUGCAUACAAGUCACUGAACAGAUGUUCCAAGGGCCCAUGAGAAUACCAGAUCUGAAGCGCAAGCCUGUUGGUGAUCUCCUCGACAAGCCAUCCAAACGUCUGGCACUAGCUUCUCCGAUGGAACCUCCUGCACAGCUGCCGCCACUGGCUUCUGCUUCACAAGGACCGUCUGCUUACGCGAAUCCGAUGUCUGUACGAUCUCUCUUACCAGCGCCCACGCAACUGCAGCAAACUCCACUACCAAACAUACAGCCGAGACAGAUGAACGCUGGCCCAGAGAGUGGCACGGCGUCCAACGGUUAUCCGAGCCCAAACCAGCCGCCCGCAGCGCCGCCCCCGCCUCGUAAGAGAGGAAGGCCGUCGCGAGCAGAUAAGGCGAGGCAACUUAGAGCGAUGCUUCCCCAACAUUUCACGCCCCUGGCUCCAGCACCUGCACCACGCAAUUCGGCUGGGGAAAGUCCCAGCACCCCGGCAGAGAGCUCAGCCUACAGUUUAUCACCAGGCCCAGCCUCGGAGACAACUGGCGAGCCCCCAAGGAAGAAACGUGGGCGACCUAGGUCAACGGACAAAGCUGUACCAGAGUUACCGGGCACUUAUACCUAUAGAGUCGACCAACCCAGGACACUGUCGGGUCGGUCCACGCCAAGCGAGACUCCCCGCGGCCGGUCUGACGAGAUGCGCCAAGAUCCAUAUCCCGAGCGCGAGCAACUUCCAGAAUCGGAGAAAGAACGAGCCAUACCACAUAUUGGGCAUUUGACGCAGGAAGGACUGGCGAGAUAG